UUGAACUGUGACAGAAGCAGUGAGCGGCUGGAGGGAGAGCGAGAGAGGGGGAGGAAAGGACCGGCGAGACCGAAACGUCGGAACGACGGGGACAGAUUCAUGAUUAAGGUUCCUUGAGGGUCAGAAUUGGGCACAGUUUAGUUCUUUCCUUCUCUAACACACCUGACUGACCUCACCUGCUUUUCCCCAGAAUUACUAUGUGAGAGUUACUGUUGGGAUCAGGUGGAUCAGUGUGUGUGUGUCGUUCUCUCGUCAUGGCGUGUAUUUCAGAAUGGUAUGCAGGGAAGAAUGUGCUGAUCACCGGGGCGACGGGUUUCAUGGGGAAGGUCCUGGUGGAGAAGCUGCUGCGUUCCUGCCCAGAGGUUAAAGCCCUCUACCUGCUCGUCCGGCCGAAAGCAGGCCAGUCCAUGCAGGAGCGUGUCCAGGACAUGCUGAAGUGUAAACUGUUUGACCGUGUGCGGGAGGAUAACCCUGAGUUCCAUCAGAAGAUCAUUCCGAUUAGCAGUGAGCUAACGCAGCCUGGCCUGGCCCUCAGUUCCGAUGACGUUAAAAAACUCACCGACUGCAUCAACAUCGUCUUCCACUGUGCUGCCACUAUCCGCUUCGACGAACCGCUAAAGCAUGCCCUGCAGCUAAACGUGAUUGCGACGCAGCAGCUCCUGGCAUUGGCGCUGCAGAUGCAGCACCUGCACGCCUUCAUCCACAUCUCCACGGCCUAUGCUAACUGCAACCGCCGCCACAUUGAUGAGGUCAUCUACCCCCCGCCCGUCGAGCCAAAGAAACUCAUCGACUCGCUCGAGUGGAUGGAUGACGCUAUCGUCCGGGACAUCACGCCGCGGCUGAUUGGGGACCGGCCGAAUACCUACACCUACACCAAAGCGCUGGCAGAGUGUGUGGUGCAGCAAGAGAGUGGGAAACUCAACGUUGGCAUCAUCCGACCCUCCAUCGUCGGAGCCAGCUGGCAGGAACCGUUUCCUGGCUGGAUCGACAACUUUAACGGACCAAGUGGCGUCUUCAUUGCGGCAGGUAAGGGUAUCUUGAGGACCAUGAGGGCCAGCAACGACGCAGUGGCCGACCUGAUCCCUGUAGAUGUGGUCAUCAACCUCACGCUGGCAGCAGGAUGGUACACAGCAGUACACAGACCGAAAUCAGCACUGGUCUACAACUGCACAACCGGAGGCAUCAACCCUUUCCACUGGGGUGAGAUCGAGCACCACGUGAUGUCGACGUUUAAGCGGAACCCUCUGGAGCAGGCAUUCCGUCGGCCGAAUGCUAACAUCACCUCCAACUACUUGAUCAACCAAUACUGGAUCCUGGUCAGCCACAAGUUUCCUGCGCUCCUCUACGACCUUUUUCUGCGACUGUCUGGCCAGAAACCUCAGAUGAUGCGGAUCUUUAAUCGGCUGCACAAAGCCAUCGGCCUGCUGGAGUACUUCAGCAGUCAGGACUGGGACUGGAACUCGGACAACAUGAACAUGCUGCUGAACCAGCUCAGCCCAGAGGAUCGGAAGACAUUUAACUUUGAUGUCCGUCAGCUAAACUGGCCUGAGUACAUAGAGAACUACUGCAUCGGAACUAAGAAGUACGUUCUGAAUGAGGACAUGUCCGACAUCCCUGCAGCCCGACAGCACCUACGCAAGCUAAGGAACAUCCGUUACACCUUUAACACCCUCUUGCUGGUCUUCAUCUGGCGCGUCUUCAUCGCUCGCUCUCAGAUGGCCCGGAAUAUUUGGUAUUUCGUAGUGAGCUUGUGCUUCAAGUUCCUGUCGUACUUCAGAGCCUCCAGCACACUGACCAACUGACCGCAGAUCUGCCAUUAAACUCGCGGCCCUUCGACACGCACAAAGCUCUCUUUAGCUAAUCUCACCGUCCAUUCAUCAGUGCUCGUCCUAAAAGCCCAGCAGUGAGGCGCUGUUUUUAGAGCUUUUCCCCCUUUUAUAACGAGUGUCCUUUCAAAUAAAAAACAGUUAUAUAUGCAACGCCCUGUUUUACAGCCUUUCAUGUGCGUUUGUUUUCUGUCCUGAGACUUCAGAGUUUUCUGUCUAAUACUUGUGUAAUUUGUCCUGAGA